AUGAACGUACCCAUCCGACGCACAAGACCUGAUCUCAAAACCUACAAGCCAUCUUUUUAUCUGCAGGCCAAAUACCAAAAUGUGUGUAUACCAAAAGCCACCUCCUUGGGUAUGCUUGCUUCAAGGAUACAUAUAAACGAAAGAAGAAGGGGGUCAUUUGUUUCAGCUGCGGAUAAUGAUCGUCUUGUCACAGAUACCACUGUUAAGGGUGUUGGAGGUGCUGAGAGCUCAAUUUCUGACAAUCAUCUGUCAACAGUGAAAUCCUCGUCUGAGGAUUCUCUAGGAGGAAACAGUGUUGGUGAGGAGUCAGGACCUCAAAUCUCUGGAGCUUCUAAUGGUUCAACAGUUUCUGCAGAUAUGAAGUCUAGGCCUAAAAGGUCACGUCUAACAGCAAGAGAGAGACUAAAGGCUGCGAGGGUUCUCAGUCGUUACACAGAAUCAAAGCCAUCAAAAUCAGAAAUGGGCAGCAAAGUAUUGGAUGCCCUGAGGGAAAGUGAUAAGGGCAAGAAAAGAUCUGGCCUUCCAGAAGCCCCUGAGAACAUGUUUGAUGACAGCAAGCGAGGGAUGCCAAAGGACGGAUGGACUUUUCAAUUUCCAGGGGGUUCAGAACUCUUUUUCAUUGGCGUUUCAUUUGUUUUAAUCAGCACAAUAAUGUUUGCAACGACUUACGUUGUCUGGAAAGUUGGUGCAAUCCAUUUUGAUGACCAUAUUGGGGUUACUCUGCUUGUUAUGAAGUUAGCCAAGUAA